AUGAUGAAAAGACCCAACAAGCAAAGGGUACAGAAGAAUGUGAAGAAAUCAACAAAUGAGGAGGCUUACUAUCAAAGGCCACGUUGUCCAAUAACAUUAGAGGAAUUCUUGCCAAGCUGGUUUCGCAUGAAAAUUUCUCACUAUGAUGCUAAGGCCUCAUGUUGCAAUAUUGACGAAGAAGAGAUGAAAAAGGAAGAUGUGACAUUGCCGUCACUUUCAUUGUGUGAAAACCUCAUCGAGACUCGCUCUGAAGAAGUGGACACUUGUGAUGCAAAAAUCACAUUCACUAAUGAUGAUCUUUUGUUAGGCCAAACAUUGCAUAAUCGUCCUUUAUAUAUGGUUGGUUUUGUGCGUGGGCAUAAAGUUAACAGAAUUAUGAUUGAUGAUGGGUCUGGAGUCAACAUUCUCCCAAUCCGCAUUGUGAAAGAGCUUGGAAUCUCGGUGGAUGAACUGUCUGAAAGUCGUCUGAUGAUUCAGGGAUUUAAUCAAGGGGGACAAAGAGCUAUAGGCGCUGUCAAGCUGGAAAUAAAUAUGGGAGGUAUGUGUUCAAACGCAUGGAUGCACGUGAUUGACGCAAAGACCUCAUAUAAUAUUUUGUUAGGAAGGCCAUGGAUACACGAAAAUAAAGUGGUUCCAUCCACCUACCAUCAGUGCUUUAAAUACCUUGAAGAUGGGGUCCAAAAGAAGAUAGUUGCUGAUGAUGAGCCUUUUGCUGAGACAGAAGCACACUUUGCAGAUGCGAAAUUCUACUUGAAGAACCGUGUCUUGAAGGAGGUUAAAGUUGAUAAUGCGAGGCCAAUAAAAAAGUUUGGUACUGCAAAGAUGGAUGAUCCAGCAGCUGGAAAGGUGAAGGUUAUAGUUGAAAAAAGUCAAGCGCUUAAUAACGUGAGCAAGGUACCCAAGGUAAACAUGGAAUCUUCAAGCAAGAAAGAUACUUCUUUUCUUCACUAUGUUCCAAAGGCGAAGACGGGUGAAGGCCACUCUUCUGAGUUGCAGGGUAAUAUGUUAAGUGGGUUGACCUUUCCUAUGAAGCAAAUUGAUGCAAUCAAAUCAUCUUCAAAAAUGGUGGAAGGAUUUGUCAAAUCAUCCAAUUCACACGAAUCACUUCCAGAAAAGCGCACAGAUGAGGGUUUUGACCCAAACGCCUACAAGUUAUUGGCGAAAGCUGGAUACAAUCCCAAUGAGCCUUCUAAAUUAGGGAAGCUCCCGCCAGAAGCUGUUGGAAAGGGAAAUCAUGGACUAAACCCUACUCAGAGGAUGAUGAUAGAGAAAGGGUAUGCUGUCAAACAAUCGCGUGAAGGUUUGGGUUACAAACAACCUUCACCAGUCCGCAUCUCUAUAAGAAGGGCAAGCAACAACUACAUUACCACUAAAGAAGAGUCGACAUCGUCUAACCAAAGGCUUUCUGUGUUUGAUCGACUUACCAAUCCAACUCCAAGGAUUUCAGUGUUUGAUAGAUUGGGACCGUUGAAGAAGAAACACAAGCGCCAAGGGAAUAAUAGAAGGAUGGAAGCACCUGUUUAUGCUCAAAAGCAAAACAUUUUCGAGGAUUGCCCAAGUUUGAUUCCUUCUAGAAUGAGGCGAGAAACAAAACUUGUAGUUUCAUGUGGGGAGGUCCUCAAAGCAAAAACACAUACCAUAAUUCAUACCAAGGGGCAUGAUGAAGACGAGAAAAGUGUAGGAUCAUCAUAUCACAUCGCAAUCUGGGACGAACAAAGCACUACGCUUCAUCCAAGAGUUGAGGAAAAGUUUGUGGAUAUUCAUGCAUGUCAUCACAUAUCUUUCAAUGAUGGUGAUCCCCAAGAAGAUGAAGACGCUGAAGAUGCACCGCCUGAGUUUGAGGAAGGGGUAAAGACGACUGUUGAUGCAUUAAAGGAAGUUAAUCUUGGAACUGGUGAAGACCCAAGGCCCACAUAUGUAAGUGCCUCACUGAAUGUUGAUGAAGAAAACAAAUAUGUUGAGCUACUUAUGGAGUUCAAAGAUGUUUUCGCUUGGAGUUACAAGGAGAUGCCAGGAUUAGAUCCCAAAGUUGCAGUUCAUCGUCUCGCUGUAAAAUGA